CGAGGGAGGGAAGGAGGGAGAGAGAGAAGCUAAACAGGUGGUCUGAAAACACAGAAAACAAUGUCGUCCGGCGGGGAGGAGCGGAAACAUCUCCAGCCGUCGCUCCAGUGAGGGAACACCGGGACAUCCCGGGAGCCGAACCCGAACCAACCGAUGCUCCUUCUCCGUUUUCACACGGAUUCCUCCUCCCGCCGCGGCUGCUCUUCUUCGUCCGCUCGGUUUCGCUCCGAAUCUGGGGAAGAUCUCGGAUACUGAACCAUGAAAGUGACGGUGUGUUUCGGCAGGACCCGGGUGGUGGUGCCGUGCGGGGAUGGGAAUAUUAAAGUGCACAGCCUCAUCCAGCAGGCUGUCAUGAGAUACAAGAAGGCGAUCGCCAAGGAUGCUAAUUACUGGCUGCAGGUCCACCGGUUGGAGCACGGCGACGGAGGAAUCCUCGACCUGGACGAUGUGCUCUGCGACGUGGCUGACGACAAAGACAGGUUGAUCGCUAUAUAUGACGAGCAGGAGCCCCAUCAUGGAGGCGACGGCACCAGCGCCAGCUCCACAGGGACCCAGAGCCCCGACCUGUUUGCUGCAGACCUCAGCGCUGGCAGCGGAGCUUCGGCCUUCCAGCCCUACCAGGCAGCCAGCGAGAUCGAGGUGACGCCUUCGGCCCUGCGCACCAAUAUGCCCCUUCACGUCCGGCGCAGCAGCGACCCCGCUCUGCUCACCAUCAACGGACCGUUCGGCGGCAGCGGUGGCGAUUCUCGGGUCCAAACCGAAGACACACCGUCAAGGAAGAACCCGACCCGUUGGUCCACCACCGCUGGCUUCCUGAAAGCUCGCCAUUCCUCUGGCACAAACAGCCUGGAGAGGAAGGGUAAAGGCAUGGACACGUAUCGCAGCCUGCCUCGGGAUGCAGGGACAUGGGCCAAUCAGAGGGAGUUUCAAAGAGAGACGGCCCGGUCAUCACUGAGCGCCAAUCACCCCAUGGUAGACCGUUGGCUGGAGAGACAGGAACAGGAGGACGAGGCCAGAGAAGAAGAGAACGGAAGGAUCGAACCAGUCGGCCGAGCUGAUUCCUGCAUGGAUCACACUCCUGUGAGGUCCCUAGAAGACAUUGUCAAACUGGUGGAGGUGUCAAACGACGGCGGGCCCCUGGGAAUCCACGUGGUGCCUUUCAGUGGCAGGGACCGCAGGACUCUUGGCUUGUUGGUCAAGCGUCUGGAGAGGGGAGGCAAGGCCGAGCAGCAGAGCCUCUUCCAGGAGAACGACUGCAUCGUCCGUAUCAAUAACGGAGACCUGCGAAACAUCCGAUUCGAACAAGCCCAGAAUAUGUUCCGUCAAGCCAUGCGCUCCCCCGUUAUUAUGUUCCACGUGGUUCCGUCGUCAAUGAAGGCCCACUACGAGCAGUUGUCCCACGCUGAGAGGAACCCGGCGUACACCUCGGGCCGUUUCAGUCCGGACUCCCUCAGCGACAGCACCGUGUCCGGCAUUGACCACACGCCACAAAGGAUGUCCCGGCACGGUUCCCAAACGCACCCGAACCCCCAUCUGCACCCUCAUCCUCACCCCGAGCCGGCUGAUGGAUACCCACCUCUAACUCAUCCAGCAGUCUCUGCAGCCAAACCUCCGACUGGUCACAUCCACUCGCCUCAGAGGGGGAUGAACUCCAAUCAAAGUGGAGGAUAUAUAAAAAAAGUUGGCAGGAGGCUCAACAUCCAGCUAAAGAAAGGCCCUGAGGGACUUGGCUUCAGUAUAACGUCACGAGAUGUUCCCAUUGGAGGUUCAGCACCCAUCUACGUGAAGAACAUUCUGCCUCGGGGAGCCGCCAUCCAGGAUGGACGCCUCAAGGCAGGAGACAGGUUGCUGGAGGUGAAUGGAGUGGACCUGAAUGGGCGGACCCAGGAAGAGGUGGUGUCUCUACUCAGGGCUACACCCAUGGGUGGGGCCGUGGGGCUACUGGUUCUUCGCCAGGAGGAGGCCUUCCUCCCCCGAGAAGUGAAUGCUGAGCCUCAGAUGCAAUGCCCCAGAGAUGUGCAUCCAAGGCAGCCCGUGACAGCCAGGAAACCCCAUUGGCUGAUUGAGAAGACAGAAGAAGAUGAGUUGGUCUUGACUCCAGACGGUACUAGAGAGUUUCUGACCUUUGAGAUUCCUCUCAGCGACUCCGGUUCAGCAGGUUUGGGUGUCAGCGUCAAAGGCAACCGCUCCAAGGAAAACCAUGCAGAUCUGGGUAUCUUCGUCAAAUCCAUCAUAAAUGGAGGAGCGGCUUGCAAGGAUGGGCGGCUGCGAGUGAACGACCAGUUAAUCGCUGUGAACGGAGAGUCGCUGUUGGGCAAAACCAACCAGGACGCCAUGGAGACGCUACGUAAGUCCAUGUCGACGGAAGGCAACAAGCGUGGGAUGAUCCAGCUCAUCGUGGCCAGAAGAGUGGCCAAAAGAAACGAGGAGACACCGGGGAGCCCACUGGGACCCCAGCAGACGUUGAACACCUCCCUGGACGACCAUGAGCGCAGAAUCUCCCAUUCUCUGUACGGUGGCCUGGAGGGCCUCGAUGACAACCUGAUGCCCCAGCAAGGCAUGAUGCCACGCACAAUAGGAAACUACCAGCUGUCUCCGACCGUCAACAUGCCGCAGGACGACACCGUCAUCAUCGAGGACGACCGGCCACCACUGCUGCCGCCGCACCUCUCCGACCAGUCGUCCUCCAGCUCCCACGACGACGUCGGCUUCGCAGCUGACGUGACUCCGCCGUGGGCCAAAGAGCCGCCCGGUCACAUCGACAGCUCCCUGGCUACAGAUGAAAACCAUCCAGACGGGGCUUUCCAGAGGGAAGGUUUUGGACGUCAGAGCAUGUCGGAGAAACGCACCAAGCAGUUCGGAGACGCCGCGCAGCUUGAGAUCAUUAAGACACGCAAGUCCAAGAGCAUGGAUUUAGUAGCCGACGAGAUUAACCUCACCCCUCGUCCCGAGACCAACACAGGUUCUUCCACGAGGGAUGUGGGACCAUCGCUAGGCCUGAAGAAGUCCAGCUCCCUGGAGAGCCUCCAGACGGCAGUAGCAGAAGUAACCCUCAACGGGGACCUGCCUUUCCACAGGCCUCGCCCUCGAAUCAUCAGAGGACGGGGCUGCAACGAGAGCUUCAGGGCAGCCAUCGACAAAUCCUACGACCGACCGGCUGCCACGGAAGAAGACGAUGAGGGCAUGGAGACAUUGGAGGAGGACACGGAGGAGAGUUCCCGGUCGGGGCGAGACUCAGUGUCCACGAUGGCCGACCAGACGCCGCUGUCCGGCACAGAGAAGCCGCUGGUCAACGGCACCAAUCGCACCAAAGAGGAGAAGAAGAAGGACAAAGACAAGGGAGGGAAGGAGAAGAAGAAGCCAGAGGCAGGGAAGGACAAGGACAAAGACAAAGACAAGGAGAAGGGAAAGCCCAAGAAGGGCAUGCUGAAGGGACUCGGAGACAUGUUCAGGUUCGGGAAGCACCGUAAAGACGAGCGGCCAGGCGAAAAGAUGGAUCGCAAAGGCUCCAGCAAGUGGAGGCCAGAGGAGAUGCAGGUGUCUGAGGAGGAGACGAUGAAGAUGAGGAUGGAGCAGGAGAGGAUCCAAGCAAAGACCAGGGAGCUGAGGGAGCGUCAGGCCCGGGAACGGGACUACGCUGAGAUCCUAGACAUAAGCCGAACGCCUGAGAGAUCCUCCGAGGAGGAUCACCCAUACGCCGGCAUCAACGCUCUCAACAGCUCGGUGGACAGCGGCCACAGUCGGCCACACAGCCCUCGAGACGACCUCCCCCACAUCCAUCCGCACCACCAACACCAGCACUCUGAUACCCUCUACACCCAAGUCAGCAAGGCCCGCAAUGACCGGCCUCCGUCUGCAGACAGUAGCCGGCUAACCCCGAGCAACCACGACCGGAUACAGAGGCUGAGGCAGGAGUUCCAGCAGGCCCAGAACGUCCCCGACGACCCCGACGAUCGCAGGAGGACCUACAGCUUCGAGCAGCCCUGGUCAAACACAAGCAGCAACGGUCCAGGCGGGUACAGCCAGCCGGGUCGGCACUCGGUGUCGGUGGAGGUCCAGAUGCAACGACAGAGGCAGGAGGAGAGGGACUCGUUCGCUCAGGCUCAGCGACAGUACAGCUCCCUGCCGCGGCAACCCAGGAAGAACCCCAGCUCCAUCUCCCAGGACUCCUGGGACAAGGCAUACCCACCCGGCGAGGGCUUCCAGACAGCCAAGGACAACCCCAGGUACUCCAGCUACCAGGGCUCCAGGAACGGCUACCCAGGGGGCGGCGGCGUCAACGCCAGAGUCCUUCUGGAGGCCCAGGAGCUGCUGAGGCAGGAGCAGAGACGCCGAGAGCAGGAAGCCAAAGGGAAGCUAAUGCAAGAGAGCACCGGCAACAGCUACGAUCGGUACCACCUGAAGGACCCAGCUUCCCCGAAGGGUCCAUACCGCCACGACGUGCCACCUUCGCCUUCGCAGUUAGCGAGGCUUAAUAGAUUGGGUUCAGAGAAAGGAAGACUUUUUUACUCUUGAGGAUGGACUGAUGAAUGAAGAAGAACUUCAAGAGCUAAGGGGGAUUACCUUGAAGAAACAGCAAAAGUGGACGCUGCAAAUCUUGACAAAGGACAACCUAGAGGUCUUAUAGCUUAGCGAUGAUGUUAGAGGUAAACAGUUGUGAAGUGUGCUCAGUAUGUGGGUGUUUGUGUUCAAUCCCCCGCUGUGCCAAUGACCUAUACCAGUUGUCAGUCAGUCACUCACCCUCCUACAGACAUGAGACGCUCAGUGCCUUCUCUGCAUUCACGAUGCUUGUUCACAGUCGUCCAGGACUCUGAUUCAUCGAGAUCUGGCACCGUCAUGUACUGACAAUCAAAUGGGCAGACAGGCAAAGUGAGUGGGCGCUUUUUUUUUCUCUGUUUUUUUUUUUUUUCUGAGCCUACGGGGAGGCGUAAGUCUCUGUGUGGGUUUGUGUGUGGGCAUGUGACAAGGUACAUGUUUCACUAUCAAGUACACAUGUCCCGCGGAUGACUCUCCCCACCUGUCACAAAAUCACCCUUUCGUUAACAUUCGGUCCCUACCGAUGCUGCCGGUGUUUUCUCCGGUUUCUGUUUUCUUUACUUUUCUCUCCGUUAGCAAUAGAAGCCUCUCGGUAUUCUCCCAGGAGCCGAGAAAACAAGGCAAAGUGUGUGAAAGAAAGCAGGGCACAGCAUGUGUGUGUGUUAUUAAUAAAAAAGCCCCCCUCAUAAAUGAUUCAUAUUGUGUGUUAUCUCCGCGGAGGAGACUCAGGCAGGGAAGGUAGACAGCUCUGAUCCCGUGCCUGGCCCUGGUGCACGGCUCUGGGCUUGACUUGCUGGCCCGCCUGCCUGUCUGUCUGGAGCUCACAUCCUCUCCUUGCUGUUCUCGCCGCCUCUGUUCAUUACGCUACUUUCUUCUACCUCAGCAGCCGCAGCCCCCUACCUUCAUCCUCCUCUUCUCUCUUCGCUCAUCUCCCACCUUCCUCUCAUCUCACCCCUUCCCCUUACUCUUCCUCCUGCUACCCACUACCACCCUCACCCUCAUCCUCCUCGUCUCCCGAGUCAGGCUCUGCACUGAAUUUUUCAUCACAAGCCACCUGCUGUCUGCCAGAGAGCCAAAGAACGCUGCCACCAGAGGCUCCGACAGAGGGCCCAGCUUCUGACAUAAAGAGUUGAAUAAAAAGCAAAAAAAAAAAAAAAGAGACAGAAUAAAGAUGGGUAGAGAGACAAUAAGCCUCCCAGUGUGAGAUUAGCUGAAGCUUUUCUCCCGUUUUUAACAAAAGGCAAAAUUGUCCUCAAGAGUUAAUUGCUUUCAAUUGCUAUAAUUGCUUUUUGUAUUUUUUACCUUUUAAGCAUUUUGCCGGCACUCUUCUGCAGAGUGAUUUUUUAAAAAAGGGAGCAGCGGGGGUGCUAUCUUGCUUUUAAAAAACAGCAGUCAAUAGGAUGAAAUGAGUGCUGUUGGCUUUUAAAGGGUAGGUUGAGCAAAAUUACAAAAAAAAUAUAUAUUUAUUUUCUGACUUAACUCCAGAAAUAAUGCUAAUCAUUGGAUAUUAUUUGCCCAGGUUUUGAGAUGUCUGCUUCUGAGUUUGCCUCUGCCAUCCUCACUACAAUUGAAGUAAAUGGGAUUUGAAUUGUGGUUCUAACAACAAUGAAAAGUAUUUUUUUAAAACUAGAAACAUUUCUUUGAACUGCUUUCAUCCAAAGAAAUCAACUGAAAUCAGUAGAUACAGUUGAAGCAUAAUUCUGUUUCUGCCUGUUAAGGCUCUAUAACGCUAACUUUGCAUUCUUUAUCGACAUCGUAGAGAUAUGGAAAUAUGAAGUUGCAUAAAAAAGUAUAUAUCAAUGCAACAUGCAAAUUCCCUGCAGUUGUGCAAAAACGGAAACCUUUCCACUGCCUCGGAUUUUAGCAAACCAGCAGAUGAAUAUAGAAGGUGAUCAGGUCGCCUGGCUAGUUGCCCCAGUUGGAGAUCUAUGAUGCAGUUUGCAAAAUGUCUGUUCCAGUUGGCAGUGCGUUCAGAAAGCCUUGACAGACCAGAAAAUAUCGCAGCCAAGUUCAUUUCUGCCCUCUCACAAAUACAGCAGUUCAAUAUAAUUUGUAACACAUACCUGCACAGCUAGCUGGUGCCCUUCUGUAGCUAGCUAGCUGGAAAUGCUAGCACCACCAUUCGUAAUAGUUCUUUGUUUUCGGAAGCUAGCUUGUUAACUCAGCAGUUAGCAAACAGAAGUUCACACAGUUAGCUGGUGCUAUGCAACCAUAGACUGAACCUUGACACACCAGAAAAUAUCCCAACAAAGUUCAUUUCUCCACUCUCACAAAUACAGCAAUGCUAUAUAAUUGGUGACACAACAUACCCGUACAGCUAGUUGGUGCUAUUCGGCAGCUAGCUAGCUGGAAAUGCUAGUCAUGCUAAUGCAUAGUCUUUUUGGUUCAACAUUCAGAACCACCCCUGACUCAUCACUGCAGAUUUCAAAAAAGCAAAGUGAGGCUUCAAAACUAGUCAAGAAACCAACAGGUGACAGCACCAUGGUUACAUCCAUUUUUUAUAUACAGUCUGUGAGUGCAACUUGUUAGCGGCUAUCGCUUCUUCUGCUUUGGACCCAAAAAUUGGUCAACAGCUGCAGAAGAUUUAGGCUGGUUUACUUUGGCUCUUCAGCAGAUCCAUUGAUUAUGUUGAUUUUGUUUUUAAAUGCAGAUUAGGAAAAUAUUUUAAUAUUAAACUGCAUCUCCAGUGUAUUAGGAUGGAAACAGAAAUCUGAAAACCUGGAAAACAGAAUCCAGAAGCACAUGCAUAAAUGCAUAUCACCGGAGGUAAAAAAUGUCUCUUUUUUUAAGUCGGGUGAACCAGACUUGAAAUCGGAGUAAAUGACGCUGUCCUGGUGGCUUGUGCAUUCAUGACCUAUUUACAUUUCCAUUCCAGUUGAACUCUGUAGCUCCUGAUUGGCAGCUUUUUCACCCUGAGAGGAGCAACUAAUCAGCGAAACUAGCUGCUAUUGUUGUAGGUUGCAAAAGAAGAACUCAGGCGUUGAUGAUGACACAUGCUUAAAAAAAAAUCACUGCCACCAGCCCACCACUAUAAUUGCUGCAGUAGGAGGCAAGCGAUCCACUUACUCUGAACCUUCUUUGACAACACUGAUGUUCGUGAUGCAACCGUGUCUGAGCUAACAAACGAGGCCGAGGCGAGGUCGAACUUUGAACAAAAGGGAAGCGCGAGAAGUAAUAAUAAAUAAAAGAAAGCUGUGGAAAACAAACAGGCGGUGUGUAAUUGCCCUUCACUUCUACACACUUUACAUACGCAGAGUGAAGCUGCGUGACAUACAUUAUCUCCUGUUGGUUAAUGAAGACCCUCGCUGGGAAAGAUGCCGGCUUUAGAGGGGCGAUGAACGAAGAUGAAGAAAAAAAUCUAUCUAUUCCAGUGUAUAAACCUGUAUUUUAACCUUAGGAAGAGCUCCCAGUAUUUGUCAGCUUGAAGCUAAUUAAAAACUCCCUUCUGCAUUAUAUAUGUACAUGGGUUUAACAACACAAACACACCGAGGCACGUUGUUGUGUUUUUUCAAACCUACACAGGAAUGAAGCUGAUGAAAACCAAAUAAGAUUCAAGCUGUGCAGGUUGGAGGAAAGUUUUUAGGAAAGGUUCCUGCUGUGAACACAAGUGCGUGUCAAAGUGCCGACUAGCACAUUUAGAAGGAUGUAUUUGACCUGUGUGUCCUGUUACGGGGUCUCAUAUCGAUAAGUGCCUGAGAUAUCAUCAUAUUUUACACAAAGAGGGACACCGUGCGAUUUCUUUGUCAGUGACACCUCAGUGUUAUUUUUAAUAUCAUUAUAUGAAAUGUGUCAUUUCUGGGGUACUCCUUCCUCAACGUUUUUUUUUUUUUUUUAAAGAUUUAUUCAUAAGAGCCAACACUCAGUUAUGAGCGGUUAUCAGUGUAUUUGUAUCCUGUUUGACAUUGCCUUCAACCAUGCUGUACCAUGAUGUGUUUUAUCAAAAAAAAAAGAAAUGGAAGUUAAUGGAAGCUGAUGUGCAAUUGUUUUGUUGUUUUUUCCAGAAAACUUUUACAUGAUAUAUUAAGAAAUGUAUACAGCCACUUUUCCUGUACAUAUCAAAUUUAGAAUAAAACGGAAGGCUGUUCCAUCCUGUUUACAACCUC